AUGACGUCAUUCAGCGAGGAAGACAACGAUGAUUUGGUGCCGAUCCUCGAGCAACAUUCAGAUCGUCUGCGUUCGCUUUAUGGAGAGUUCUACAUCAGCGAACUGAUAUCCAGGCAUCCGGAGUCUGAGAGGAUAUUAAUUGUUUGUGAGCACAGUGAAUUAGCAGUUGGAGUGAUGUGUCUGAAUACCCAAAUAAAUUACGAGUCUUUAGAGGAAAGCUUUGUUCUAUCCCCGUUUGGUGGCCUCAGACAUUUGGACGACGCACCCAAAUUCAUGCCUAAAGAGGUUGAGUCCACUUACAGUCUCUUGAACGAAGCUUAUGCGGAAACUACAAAGGCAAAGGAUUCUAAGGAUGCCAAAUCGAGGGUGACGUGGGUAUUUGAAGAUGACGAAUUCAACACGUUCCGAAGUGUCGGUGUGGCCCCGCCCACGCCUACCGAGCGGCUGGCAAGAUUAUUCUUACACAAGUUCGAUCCGUUCAUGAUGGGUGAUCCUGAAAACUGUGAAGCGCCCCCUGAUCUGUUACCGAGAUACAGUUCUGCUGGCUUGGGGUUCAAAGGGAGCUCAACUACGGGCAGCAGACUUUCAAUAACUUCACAAUUUAGACGAUGGCAACCAGUCAUGAAAUUCGAAUCGCCGAUCGUUCAGUUUGCUUCGUUGCCGGGACCUCUGUACUACUUGAAGCUAAGAAAGCCUGGAAGAGAGGUCCCUAUGGCUAUACAACAGUGUUUACCUCGACAGGGCCAUACACUCCUGACGGACAAAGGUGGCAAUUAUUUCCGACUCCAUCUAAACGUGCUACAUGUCGUGGACGCGGUCACCUGCCUUUCCCACAAGCCUUUCUCACCAGAAAUACUGCAGCAGCUCUAUGGAAAACACGAGGCCUUCUUUAAUAAAUUGUAUACUAGAUUCCAGAAGAAGCAAAUAGACGAUUUCUACGAUUUCUUCACCCAACCGUGGAUGUCAGCUCUGUACCAGGAGUCGUUCAGAGAUCUUGUUGAUGAUAUCAACGAACAAGAUAUUGGCACGAUACAAGAUUUAGUGAAAUCCAAGUUUGCCAUGUUCGACCCGGAGGUGAAUCAGAUGAAAUCGACGAUGUUGGAAUCGGAGCGAUCCACGGAAUCCCUUGCUUCUUCAAGCGAUUAUCUUCAGGAACCACGGAAAGUCGGCACUUUCCGUUCUAUGAUAGACAAAUUCGUUGCAAGGGCUAUGUUUGAUAAAGCAGCAGAAGCGGGCACUCCUAUGCCAUCGGAAUGUGGUCAAAGCAAGCAGGUGCGCAUGGAAGCGUCAACAUUCUGGAAGAAAGUUAGCGGCGAGCGCAUAGUGAUGGCGCAUGUGUCUCGCUAUUUGGACAAGCAUUCAGUUACUAACCCGCACUUUGCUAUACCUAAACCGGAAUCUGUGUAGUGAAGGUAGAUGAGUAAAUGUGUUUUUUUUUUAUAUGGAUGAUGUUUUGAGCGGGUAGAUGUUUUUGAAGAUCUUUUUGCUGUGGAUUUAACUAUUAACCGAUUGGACGCGAAGGUGGAUUAUGUUUCUAACCUAUUGAUCCAUCUAUACUAAUAUUAUAAAGAGGAAAACUUUGUUUGUUUGUUUGGUUGUAAUGAAUAGGCUCAAAAACUACUGGACCGUUUUUAAAAAUUCUUUCACCAAUCGAAAGCUAUAUCGUCCACGGGUAACAUAGGCUACAUUUUAUUCCGGUACGGGCAGUAGUUCCCACAGGACGCGAGUGAAACCGCGGGAAAACGGCUAGUAUGGGUAUAAGGAAGUUGUUUGCUUAGUUUAGUUGGUGGUAGAAACAUAAAUGGGUUAUGGUUACUCUAUAUUGAUGACUGUAUUCUUUAAAAUAAUGGAAUGCUGACUUAUACCCUACUAGAUCGUAAUUAUAAUUACUUUAAUAGAUAGAAUUAAAAUUGACAUAUAUCUUGAAUACUUCUUUUUUUGAGAGAUGUCUUCUUUUGUGAAUAAGAUUUCAUUUCGAUUUUAUUAUGUAUAUUUUGAUUUGGAUGUUUUUUUUAUUGUGAAAAUUAAACAGUCAAUUACAUUUUA